AUGCGGUGUCUUCGUCCAAGUUCCAUCGCGGCUGCAGGCAAUUCGGAGGAACUGUACUACUCUGGGCAGCAGGACUUCCUGGAAACCGACGCGGCCAUGACGAGUGCAGCGGCGGCGGCUGCACGGGCCACCGCCGCCUGGCGGUUCUUUCACGGUAACGAGGCCAAAGAGCAGAUAGCAGUGCGCAAGCCCGCCAGGAUGUCGGUGCAGGCACCUCCAAGCCCCGAGCUGGGCACGCGGCUCUCGCAAACAGCCCAGACGGCGCAGCGGGCACGGGCUGCGCUCGAGGAACGAGCGCGCCUACCUGCUCCGGUGCCAUCGGGGCCGCGAGUGCAACCAGGAAUGCUCAGUGCGAGAGGUAGCAUCGAUUCCCGGGUUUCCACAGCGCCCACGUCGCCUGACCGGUCUGGCCUUCAGGCCCCAUAUGCCACGGAAAGUCCGCAGUUAGCGAAGACCUACUCGCGGCGACGGCCCUCGCAAUUUGAGUACCAGCCAUCGGAUGGCAACAGGGCCGCAGAGAGGGUGCGAAUUCCUCUCCGAGGAAUGAUUGAUGAGGUGCCUCCGGCUUCUUGCUUGGGCUUGCAGCCGGACAAGCUAAGGCAUAAAGGCUUUAGGUGGUCCAUUUUGUUGCUUGCCUACCGCUUACGAAGGGCUCAAGACGGCCGUCAACUCCAGCCCCACCGACCGUUUGUGCGUGUAGAGCCCACUGUGUCGGGCCACGUCCGUGGCGACACCGUGGCGACCAUGGUGGUGGGCCCUUCCGGCCUGGCGAAGAUCGAGGAAGGAGAUGAGUGGAUGUUCUUGCAGAGCUUGCCUGUGUGGAUGAUACCGGUCAAUGCCUCUGCUAUUGGAUGCAUUGGGUGGUGGCUGACACAAGAUUGGAGGCUCCUGGCGGUUAGCGCAGGCUUCACAGUGCUCCUGCUCCAUCUGAGGCUGAACGUUAUCUCCCGACUCGGCGAUGAUCCUUAUCUCUUCAUCAAUCCUUACUGGGAUGUUGCAGAGGCGUGGCUGUCCCUCAUUCCUUUUCUUACUGCCCUGGUUCUUGCGGAGCAACCGGAGACGUACCUUACCGAUGUCAAUCAGACGACACGCUUUGCAAUCCUUUGGGCCAUGACCGUUGCGGUGAACUUCAAGGUGAGCGAUGUCAACCACCUGAUGUUCUAUUGCUGGUUUCGCAGCUCGGGCCUCGCUUUGGCGCAGAAGCGCGGAUUGGGAUCUCGGGGCCACGCUCCCUAUGGCCUGCCCUGGACAAUGCCGAAGCUCACGGUCAUGGAGAUGCGUCGCAUUGGCUGGGUCUUUUUCGCCUCGCUGGCCUCAGUGGGCUUGAGCCCACUUCCUGCCGUUAACUGUUGUGUGGCAAUCGUCGCCUAUUUUCUGUACUUCACCCAAAUCUUUCCUGAAUCGCAGGCCGGCCAGCAUGGCUCCCUGCCUAUACCCAACAACCUCGCAUACCUGGCUGCCGCACCACAACUGUGGCAAAGCUCAGCCAGAAGCCUUUACCCAUUGACUUUUCUGAAGCUGCAUGUCGUGUCCCUCUACUUCGCCGCCGGACUUUGCAAGCUAGGCGCCUCUCUCAAGAUGGGCCGCUGGUGGGCCAACGGCGCCAAUCUCCAGUCGUAUCUCUUCCAUGCCAUGUGGUCCCGACCCGGGAACGUGAAGAGCCACCUGGGCGCGCACAGCCUGCAGGUCUUCUUCGUCACUCGCCCUUGGCUCUGUGUUGCGGCUUCUGCGCUGGGCCUCCUGUUUGAGCUUCUGGCGCCAGCGGCGCUGUUCCAUGAGGUCGCAGCCAGAGCCUUCGUGGUGGCCGCUUUCUUGUUCCAUGUUGUCGUUUUUGCGACGCAGGGCAUUGACUUUGUAACCUUUUGGACUCCGUCGCUGCUGGUCUUCGUUGUCGACCCCUCGCCGCUGCAGGCUUCUUCGCUCCUGCCAGAGACCGGCAUGGAGGUGGCUCUGUGGGCAGCAGGAGCGGCCUACCUCUCCUCGCAGCUUUACUUUUGCUUCUCGUUUGCCGAGGCGAAAGGUGGCCGGUUCGGCAGUGGCCCGCUGCCUUUCAGCUGUUCCCCAAUGUUCGCUGUUGUCAACAACAUCUUCAGCGAUGAGGUGUUCAACUGGUUUCUCAUGGCCAGUGGCGACCUGCGAUCAGCGGGUCACUUUGGAGUCCUUGAGUGGACGGGCCCCGUGUUCAAGGUGCACGAGCUCACCCAUGAGGAGCUAUGCAAGCUGCCUUUCAAGGUGCUGAUGUUUGGCAGCACGGAGUACGACUCCAAGCACAGGCUCCUAGACCGGUUCAUCAAGGAGGACUAUCAGCACAAGAGGUUCAUCCUCUUCUCAAACUUCCGAAUUCGCCCGGAACUCGAGUCAAAACUGAGACAGGUUUGCCAUCUGCUUGUUGUGGAUCGAGAUCCCAUGGCCGAUCCCUGGUGCCGAAGGAAGCUCCAGGAGCUAUGCGACCUCCAGCGGGAGUGUGUCCAGCUCUUCCGAGACGAUGUGGCUGCAUGGACUGUGGACACCAUUCAGAGGCAGAUCUCCUUCUUGGAGAGUUCCGGCAUUGAUGUGGACACAGGCGGACAAGAGCUGGAGCCGCCGCCCCUCAAGGCAGAGGAGGAUGGCCUCGCCGCACUUCUGCUGAAAGGUCGCGCUGUCGACAAGCUCGGCGCCAAAUCCGACAGCACCCGCAAGGCCGUUGUGCCACCCCUUCCAUCCCUGGACCGGAGCUGCAGCGCAUCAGCUGGAAUGCCAUGCAUUGUGGAGGCGUCGCCACCGAGUAUGCCGGAUUUGCUUCGGGCAUCCUCCUCCCCAUCCUGA